GGCGCCUGCCGCUGACGUCGCGCGGGCCACCUCAGCGAGCGGGUCAGGGUCCGGCGGCCGAACCCGGGGACGCACCCGUGGGAGCGGGACUGGCACCGGCAGCGCGGGGACCGGCAGGUGCUGAGGUGACUUUAUCCCGGGCGGAUGGGCUGAGGCACGGUUGAAAGAACAGUACUUCAUCUUAAACCUGCAGCAAUGGGCAGAACAUACUUUGUUGAGGAAAGCAUUGGGCAGUAUCUUUCAGACCUGAGCACACAACCAAAGCCUUAUGUCACUGGCCUUCUAAUAGGGCAGUGCUCCCCACAAAGAGACUAUGUCAUUCGGGCUGUCAGAACACCUCCCAAGGAAGAGCAGAAGGAAGAGAGCAUCAGUUCUCCAAGACUGGCAUCUGUUGAUGAGGAGUGGAUAACAACACACGCCAGUCAGGUUUCUAGAAUGCUCCCUGGAGGCAUACUGGUCCUUGGAGUAUUUAUUAUUGCAACCCCAGAACUAUCAAAGGACACCCAAAACACUUUGCGCAGGCUAAUCUUCUCAGUGGAGAAGUCCUUGAGUAGAAGGCGGCUCUGGAAACCUUCUGAGGAGGAGAUCUCAGACAGAGCAGCUCUUCAGAUUUGUUCUGCUACAAAGAAAGUAGUUUGCCGAACCUAUGAUGUACAAGAUCCAAAGAGCUCAGCUAAACCAGCAGACUGGAAAUACCAGAGCGCUCUGUCUGCUUCCUGGUCAACUUUGUACUGCACAGUCAAUGUUAACAUUCACAUUCCACUUCUUACUACUUCACCCAACCAUGACUUGGAGAAGAACACAAAGAAUGGAUUAAAUCGAUGGUCAAAGCAAAUAGAAGAUGGUGUUUUUCUGAUCAAUGGUCAAGUUAAGGGUGAUGAUGCAGAGCUGCUGGAAGGGCAGAAAAAGUUAAGAGGAAAUACUCAGCCCAGCCCUCAGUUCUCUGAUGUGAAAGUUCUGACACAGCUGUCCCAAGGUUCAAGCCAUAGAUCAACAGCUACAGUCCAGGUCUGCAGUGGUUCCAUAAAUCUCAAAGGUGCUGUGAAAUGCAGAGCCUACAUCCAUAACAAUAAGCCUAAAGUUAAAGAAGCUAUUCAGGCAUUGAAAAGAGACAUCAUAAACACAUUGAGUGAUCGUUGUGAAAUACUAUUUGAAGAUAUGAUUAUAAAUGAAGGACCUCACAAAAAAAAUUUGGAGAAGGAAUAUCAUGUCUUACCUCAAAGACUGUUUGUCCCUGUUGCUGGAUCCAGUGUGAUGCUCAGUGAUUAUAAAUUUGGUGAUGAGGCCACUGGAGAAAUCCAGGAACGUUUUGUUGAGAUGUUGGAUCAGUCUGUGCGAGCUGAAGAUAUCCAUAUAGCAGAGGAAAUCAGCACAGUUGACAUUUGUCCAGUUACUGACAACGUGGAUGACACACAAGAGAAAAAGCUGACAAAAGCAACGUUGUUGAUGAAACUUCAACAAAAUAUGGGUGUGGUCAUAGCAGCUGCUGUCGCAGUCUUUGCAUCGAUCUUCUCUUUCAAUUACUUCAGUGAUUAAGCUGCAGCACCUGGAGCUUCGUGGAAGUAUGGGCCAAUAACAAGAUGGAAACAUCUGGGUUUAAUAUGUUAGUAAUUAAGAACUGUUCCCCAGUUAAAUGUGCAAUCCCAACUGUAAUGAUAGGUUCAGUUACCUUGUUCAAGCAUGCACUUCUGUAUCAGGUAGAUUCAUGAGGUUACAAUAUCAAGUAGAAGGUGAAUCAAAUUUACAAGAAACUAACCUUGUUGUUUGCCAUAAAAGAAUAACAGUGUUGUAUUCUAGAAGGAUCCCUUAAACAAAUGUAGAACCUUAAUUUUCCUUCUAUUUGCUGUUUUAAGGAAAAUGCUACUACUGGUAUUUUUCAGGGUAUUUGUAAGACUUGUGUAGUUACCAGGUGUGACAAUUUGUGCUUUAAGGUUUCUUUCCUAAGAGAAGUCUCCUCUCAUAGUUAAUCAGAGGAAAAAUAUAUAUGUAAUGAAGCCACAUGCAUUAUUUUUAGGUAAUAUUGGUUAAUUAGAAUAACAGGUAUACAAAUAGUUUCUAGUAGUUUCAAGACUAGACCAAUUAACCCUGUAAAUGCCUCCGUUCAAGACCUGGGGAACUCAAAUCAACAAAAUAUGUAGAACUUUUGAGAUCAUAUAUAUAUAUAUAAAAUAUAUAUGUGCUGCUAUUUACUUGGUAGCUAUGGAUGAGGAGAUCUCUGUCCCGUUCUGAUGCAGUCAUUGUUUUCUUGGAAAAUUAAAUGUUUCAGCAACAGCUACAUCUAGGUAGCCCUUGUGGAUUAUCUUGUAGAUCCAUGCAAGUUGUUGAAAUUGUUUGCUAAUCAGGAUUUUUAGACUAUAUACAGAUAACUUUCCUUAUGAGAUAUUCUGCUGGGUAUGUUAGGUGGUAAUAUAUACUGCUAUAUAUACUUGUCAUGAGAAGAGGGGACAGAGGGAAGAAUGUUAGUAAGGCUAAUAAAGAUGUAAAGAUAAAGAUGUUUACUUGGAUCUGAACUACAACAGAAAAGAAUUCCAGAUUUUAGAGUGUUUUAGUACCACUGCAAAUUUCUUUUUUAUACAAAGGCACACUGGACCAUUAUGAAAAAACACAAACACUUCAGUUCUAAAGCAUAACCAGGGAUGUACUGGGAUGCUUUUAAUAAAGGGCAACUGAGAAAGAUGUCUUAAA